GUUCCCCUUUCACUCGUUUUCCGCCAUUUUAGCAGUGAAUUUUCAUUGCCUCCGGAGUAUUUCCUGACAUUAUCGCGGACAUAUAAAAUACAUCUAAAUAAAAGGUUUUUUAUUGAAUUAUCAAACGAUUGGGGGAACAAACAGACCCGAAUAAAUUCAACGACAAGAGGAUGUCGAAUAACAGUGGUGAUCAUGACGAGGAGGGUUAUGUCGUGAAGGUGAGGGGUUUACCCUGGUCGACAACGGUGGAUGAAAUUAUGAAAUUCUUUUGCGACUGCAGUAUUUCGCAUGGAAAAGCCGGUAUUCACAUGACAAUGUCUCGAGAAGGACGACCUAGUGGAGAAGCAUAUAUUGAAAUGGACUCCGAAGAAGAUAUUGAGAAAGCAUGCAAAAGAGACAGAGAUCACAUGGGUCAUCGUUAUAUUGAAGUAUUCAAAGCAAAACGAGGAGAAAUGGAUUGGGUGGUGAAAAGAAGUGGCUUAAAUCUUGAAAACGUUAUGGACGACGGAUGCGUUAGGCUACGUGGUCUUCCGUUUGGUUGUUCAAAAGAAGAAAUCGCCCAAUUUUUCUCAGGGUUGGAGAUAUUGCCGAACGGGAUUUCGCUACCAACAGACUUCACGGGCCGCAGUACUGGGGAGGCUUACGUUCAAUUUGUUAACAAAGAUGUUGCGGAGCGCGCUCUGCAGAAACACAAGGAAAAGAUAGGACACAGAUAUAUCGAAAUCUUCCGAAGCAGUUUAUCUGAAGUACGCGCUAGUAUUGGGCCAAAAAUGCGAGGUGGUCCGUUGACUGGAAUAAAUCAAAGACCAGCCCCAUACGAUCAGCGCGAUAGAUUCGGUGGAAUGAAUCGAUUCAACAAUAAUGGACGAAAUGCAAGAAAUAGAGAUUUUGACGGAGGAUUGUGGGGAGGUGGUGGUGGCGGUGGCGGCGGCGGCGGUGGUAAUAAUUUUUCUUCACGUGGAAGUGGAAUGGGAAUGCGAGGCGGCGGAAUGGAUAUGAAAGGCGGUGGUAAUUUCCGUGGAAAUUGUGACAAUUGGAAUGGAGGCAAUAAUUCUCACAUGCAUUGCGUUCAUAUGAGAGGACUACCCUUUAGAGCUACGGAACAGGAUAUUGCUGACUUCUUCCGGCCUCUAGUGCCAAUAAAUAUUCGAAUCAUUUUGGAAAACAGUGGUCGCGCUUCUGGUGAAGCUGACGUUGAAUUUGGUUGUCACGAAGAAGCCGUUAAAGCCAUGUCCAAGGAUAAGAGUCACAUGUCUCAUAGGUAUAUUGAACUGUUCUUGAACUCAUCUAAUGGACCAAGUGGUGGUGGUGGCGGUGGAGGCGGCGGCGGUGGUGGAAUGUCCCUCGGAGGAAUUAGCAAUUUCUGCGGUUCUGGUCUUGGCAACAAUUUCAGAGGAUACUCGCCAAACAAUCGUGGUUAUGGAAACAGUCAAUUGGGAGGAAGCAACUAUAAUAGUUUUUAAAAAAAAAACGCUCGUUGAAAUCAAAUGUCCGCGAUUUAAAGUUAUAAGAAAAAACUCGCAAUACCCUUUUUUUUAAAAAAGAAAAAAGAAAGAAUGAAUGAUUUUACGUAUAGAAACUAAAUUUAAGGCAAAACAGUAAUUACUAGAAUUUUUUUUUAGAGAAAGAGAGAAUGUCGUACACUCGUACGAGCGAUAAAUUACAGAUGAAUAAUAUUAAUAAGAAUAAUUUAUCAAUGAUCUAAAGUACCUUUUAAGUACUUUAAUAUUGUGUUAAACUUUUUUGAAUAUUUCAAUAAUAUAGUUGUAAUCUUAUAUUGAAAUUAAUUGUCUAAUAGUUAUUCGUGAAAAAAUAUGUACAAGUCAAGAGAAAAAAUAAUUAGACUCAAAUGAUUUUUAAAAAUUACAUUUCUUUUUUUUACAUAUAAUUAUGUAUUUAUUUAAGUUUCGAAGCUUUUUGUAUCAAAUAGUUUCUCAUUCAACUUAUAAAGAAAGAAAAUUUCCAUCUCAAAGAAUUUUUUUGCUAAUAAUUUUGAAUUCUUUACUGAGAAAGAGUUAAUUAUUAAAUUCCAUUUUUCAUCAUCUAUAUCGACGUAAAAUCAUUGAUCUUAAAAUUUUGAAUCGAUUGCUAUUUGCACGUCUUUAAAAGUAUGACUAUAUUCCUAGAAACUUAUAUUUUGUAUGCAAAGAUAAAAAAAUGAAUUUCACCGUAAGUUAGUUAAUAGAUGCAAUUUUUUGAAAUAUGAAGAAAAAUUAGUCAACACCGAAAAAAAAUAAGCACUUGAAUUGUAAAUUGUACUUUACUUGAUAAUAAAACGUGUGAAAUGAUAAA